UGAUCUUAUCUGAUUUUAUAUUUUGAUAAAUAUUAUGCUACGGCAGACUGAACUUUCUAAUUCGUGAAACUUCAAACACUACUGCAAAAUCGAAGCCCUUGCUGAAUUUCCGGGUUUGAAAUUGCGGCAUUAUCUUUGAAUUCAUUGCAUUAUCUUAAUAUUAGUAAUUCACUAUGUGGAAAUAUGUGACAGAAGCCUAAGUUUUGGCAUGGUUUUAGCUGUGAGUUGAAUAUGGAUACAAGAAGUGGUAGGGGAAAUGUGAAUGAUCGGAAAAAUCGACAAAAUGUCAGCCAAGCAUGGAGACAAGUGUUUACUCAGCCUGAUCGCUCCGAGGAUGAUGUAUGGGAAUCUGAAAUCUGUACGUGUAUUGUUAUCGAUUCGAGUAAAUAUUCAGUUGAAGGGGACUGUUUUUGGAAGAUGAUGGUGAGAAGGUGAUGGCACAAAAUCGAGGGGAAGAGGUGUGUCAUAUCACUUCUUCGACUGUCUCAAUAGCUGAAGGUGGAAAGAGUGAUAAAUCACUGGAUGAAAACUCAACAUCUGCUAAGAAACAUUCACUAUCUAUGGAUAUAGGAGCAUCCUUAAUGCGGUUCAUCAAAGGGAAGGGGGGAGACACUCAGAAGAAAAUUGAGGUCGAGACUGGAGUUAAAGUUAUGUUUCCAUCAUCUAGAAAAGAAGAUUCAAUUCUCCUUGAAGGCAACUCCGCUGAAAGUAUUACUCAAGCAUCUGAGAUGAUACAAGCUAUUAUUGACAAGGCUGUUAAUAGUCGAGAACUUGACUAUUCUCACUUUGUCUCACUUCCUUUGGCUAUUUAUCCUGGACUACUUGACAAACUUGUCAAUUUUCAAGAAACUAUACUUGGAAAAACAGCUAAUGAUAAAGAUAAAAAUACGGACAACGAAAAUCAUUCUACAGCUCCAAAGGUUUCUGCUGAAUUGGAAGCAAACAAAAACGACACCCAACACCCAACUGAAACACCUUUAGUUGCUGAAGUCAAAGCUGUUGGUGCUGAUACACAUGUCAGAGUAAAUAUAACGAACAUUCCUCUUGUCAGUUACCCUGCCAAAGAGUCAAAGGCUACCAGUUCUUCUAAAAUGAUAGACUCAGGAAUCGAGAAGUCCAUAUUUAUUAAACCAACAACCUUUCACCUAACUGUUCUCAUGCUGAAGUUAUGGAAUAAGGAGCGGGUUAAAUCAGCUACAGAGGUUUUGCAGAGCGUCUCAUCAAAAGUAAUGGAUGCCUUAGAGAACCGGCCACUUUCGAUUAGACUUAAGGGACUGGACUGCAUGAGAGGCUCUAAGGCCAAGGCGUUUGUUCUUUAUGCACCUGUAGAAGAAAUUGGUGGUGAGGGACGACUUUUGCGUGCUUGCAAAGUCAUCACCGAUGCAUUUGUUGAUGCUGGCUUGGUUGUUGGGAAUGAUGCCGGACAGCCGAAGUUGCAUGCCACCCUUAUGAAUGCGCGGCACAGGAAAAGGAAGACGAGAAGUGCAAGGGUGGACCCGUUUGAUGCAAGAGGCAUUUUUGAUCUGUAUGGUAACGAGGAAUGGGGCGAGUAUUGUAUAAGCGAAGCUCAUCUUUCUCAAAGGUUUGCAUUCGAUGAGAAUGGCUACUACCAUUGCUGUGCUUCAAUUCCUUUCCCAGAAAACGUGCAAAAAGAUUGAUCCAUUCACCUUUGAGAUUUUACUGUUACCAUGAAAAUUGACCAUAGUUUGUACUGCAACAUUAUCUGCUUGAAUUUCCAGUUAUUCACCUCUUGAAUAAAUAUGUAGCCUGAUAUCCCUAUACAA